GUUUUUGUAAGCUUUCUGAUAAUGCAAGUUAUUUUUGUUGUAAUUGAAUACAAAAUUUUACAUUUCCUUGCUGUAAUACAAUUUAAUAGAGGAUAAUCACUGAUCACCCAUUUUCUCGGUGUUGGGCAUGUUUUUUGCUUGGGAAUUAAUUUGUGGUAAUUAAGCAUCUAUGGUUCUAUGAUUUAAACAACAGAAAAUCUAUUUCCCAGGUGGGUGCCCCGAAAUUGCUUUUCUAUAGGCACUUUUUCGCCCAACAGCCCACGGCCUAUUUGCCGAUAAAACCUUUAUUUUGCCGAAAAGACGUUUUCAGGGGGGUGUCACCCCCCCCGCCCCCUAUAUAGCUACGGCCCUGCAUACAAACGCGAAUGAAUACAUAACCUAGAGACUUGUACUUUUUUGGCCGGUUUUUGGCAUGAGUGUCAGAUGUCCGGAUCCGAAGUAAUCGCAUUACCUGCAAGUGACUGGAGGUAACUGAAAACCUGGGUUAGAAGUUCUUGUGCACGCUAGUAUAAUAGAAAAUUUUAAUAUUUUCCGGGAUCUUUUUUCAAUAUUUACAGACCAGAUUUAAUAGGCAUCUCUACUUAUAACUUCCGAUUUUCAAACUUUGUGUGGUUUGACUAUUUCCCCGUUCUGUGGCCACUUAUAUUAGAGACCUUACGAUUUUAGGACGGCAACGCGACGCCAACGGGGUGGGAGAGCACAUGAAAUCCGAUGAUAGUUUGUCGUUUGAUGCUGUCCCACCCCAUGUAAGGCGGUAAGGCGUUAUUGUCAGUAUGUAUUGAUUACGUCACACCCACGAUCGUGCCCGAGCAGCCUUAAGUAUUUUGAACAGUAUCCGAAAUUGUGGAGAUUUUGGUUCCAUUCGUCGCUAAAUUUGCCCAAACUAUGAUCAAACCAUAUUAUUUAGAAAGAGAAAUCUUUGUGAAACGAUAUAAUCGAAUUUGUUUUGGCGUACGACAAAUUUGAGGGGAGAUAUUUGACUUUGAAGGCGAUGCGGUUGUGCCGCCAGUGAUUAGCAUUUUACUGUUAUAUUAUAUAUAAUGAGCACACACAAUGUAGGCCACAGAAAAUGUUACAUCAACCGCUCUAAAUGAGCUCAUGGAGUAAUUAAAAGAAUGUAAAGGUAUUACACUAUCAUGUCAACUAUAUUUUAUUGUUAAAAUGUAUUUAUUUGACUAAUUUGAAAAUGUUUUUAGAAUAGUUUUGGUUGACUAUAAAUUUGUUUAUAAAAACCGUUAAAAACCCGCAACACCUGAUCAUUCAUUCUGAGAUUGGGCGCCUGUGCUCCGAUUGUACCUUUUUCUUCAUACAAGUUUAAAAACAUGCAAAUGCCAAACAAAAGCCAUGUAAAGUUAUUAUCUUAAAUGUUUACUUGCAUAUUUUCUAUUCACAUUGCUUUUUGCUCGCUCUGGCCAAUGUACAGAUUGCACAAUACAUUAUGACCAAUGUAUAUUUUAGUAUCGUUAAGGCCCGUUUACACGGGCGAUUUCUGCCGCGAUUUCAGUUGCGAUUUUCUCUUUUAGGAGGAUGUGAAGGAGUAGAUUAUUUAAUAAUGUUGUUAUGAAAUUUCAUAACCUGGAACAUUUAUAACUCAUCCACUCCUUUACAUCGUCCAAAAGGAGAAAAUUGCAACUGAACUCGCAGCAAAAAUCGCCCUUGUAAACGGGCCUUUAGACGAUCCGCAUUAUACCAAAGACGUUUUGUUCAAAUUGGAAUUAUAUUUAGAAUUUAAAGACUAUUGAAAUAUCGCUGACUUUAUAGCCAAAUUUUAAAUUGAAAUGUUGGCGGCAGGGGCGAAAGUAGCCCCUUUUAAUUCGGCGGUUGUCAGCCACAAUUGCCCUGCCAAAACCAGUGAUGCCGUGCGGCAAAUUUUUAUUUCUGGCCACUAUUUUUCCCAAAAAUUUUGGCGAGCGGGGGGGGGGGCGGUUCCAGACAUAAACCAGUUAAAUUAAGGUUCAAAAAAAUUUCCCGUACAAAUUCCUGUUAAAUUAUGGCUGAAACCCUUAUUUGGUACCAAUAUCUGUAAAAUUAAUGUCUAUAAAUUCUAUUCAUUUGCCUCUGAAAGCCCUGUAAGUUAUUUAAUAACAUUACAUUCUAUCAUUUAAAAUCUUUGAUCUACAUUCUAUAAUUUAAAAUCUUUGAUCAUUUGAAACCCUGCCAAUUCAGAUGAUUCAUACCCCCCCCCCCCCCUCGCACCUGGUGCCAGGGCUGGUGUUAGGAAUUCCCCAACGAAUGGGCUAAGGUGGGUUGGCAGUAUGCUCCCUCGAGAAAAUUUGAGUCUGUGAACCUUUACUGCGUUUUGUCAUUACGGCAAAAUAUAGUUUCACUAACGGGUGGGGGGGGGGUGGCUACAGUUUCCUGCCAGAAGGGGCUAUAGCCCUGUAGGAGAAAAAAAUCGGAUUUCAACUGGAAAUGAUUGACAAUGAGGAUAUAAUUAAAUUAACUCCAAAGCUAGCUAACUCGAAUUUCAACUCGAACUUCGAUUGCACUUGUGUUACCUAUAUCGUGGAAACUGUACCAAAUUUUAAUGUAGCGAGGAUCAAGUUCACGAGUUUUGCCAUUUUAGAAGUGUAUUACGGUAAAAAGGGAGAAAAUUAAUUCACGAGUAUAAGCUUUAAAUUCGACUUUUUACACAUGAUCUGGUUAAAUAAAAUCACUUACAUGUUAAAAGUGAAAGCCUGAUUAUAUUUGUCCAACAAGUUAUAUUUUAUUGAUUAAAACAAUGAAAUAUUUUGUGAAAAUUGUCGAGGAUAUCUUUUCCAAAAGAGAAGCAAAAAAAAAUCCUGUGCUUUUUUACCGUUCUCAGCUUAGUUAUUGAGAACGCUUUUCAGCCAGUAAAAAACCGUUCUUAUAUAAAAUGCAUAUCAUAAUUAUUUUUUUUCAUGUAGGAAGUCAAAUCGGGACAUUAUAGCAUUCCUUCUAUCUGGAUGGCUUUGCGCAAAUGGCUUUGCUGGCGGAUGGCCGUCUGUAUAUUAUGUAUUUGGUAAGUUUGCGUGUAGUCAAGGAUCAAGAAUUUGAGACUUCCGGCUCAAAGCCCAAGCGAGCAGAUAUCGAAUUAGACUGAGUACCAGGCCAUUUUCCCUUUCUUAAAUGCGGGUGGAUGGAAGGGAAACCAGCGCCUGACACCUUAUUGGUGCAUUACACAAAGACAUUUCAAUCUGGCUUUUCAAUUGGUUGAUGCUAACUGGAUUAUACUAUUGUUUAUGAUGUAUUUAGAAGUUUCAACCAAAUACACAAAUUUGGCUAACGUUGUUUGCAUCGUUGCUGCCCAAUUCACAACUGCAGAUACCUCGCAUGUCUGGUUACCAAGGUAACUAAGCAUCAGAAUUAUGCAUAACAGUUAUUUACUCACGUAGAUAUUUUUAAAACUUGUACUUACCUUUGUUUUGUUCUAUGGCUCUUCGUUUAAUAAAAUGGAACAUUUUGAGCAGUUGGGUCUGAGAAAGACAAGUUUGGCAAUAGGAAACAUAACUGACGGCUUGAGAUUUGAUAAAUAAAAUUUUCCACAGAACAGGAAAAUAGCCAAACCAUACAAAAUAUAAUAUCAUAGAAAAGGGACACUUAUUAAAUCUGCUCCGUAAAUAUUACAAACGAUAUACUGGGAAAAAUUGAAAUUUCUACUAUAUCAGAAUGUCAGUACAAGACUUUCUGACCCAGGUUUGCAGUUAGCUCCAGUCACUUGCAGGUAACGCGGUUACCUCGGAUCUCAACAUCUGACACACAUGCAUGGUUGUUACACAUGGCGAAAACAACGAUCUGACUUAACGAGUGUUCACUUGACAAUUGACCUGCCUUUGAAUUUGAACUGGAAGUCCGACAUACUUGAUCUUGAGCAGGCACAGGAUUCUCAUCAGCAUCCUGCGGGGGUUCUUCCUCAGUGGGAUCGAUAUCAUUUCUCCUUCUUAAAAAAAUGUAGAGAACUACUUUUGCCACAAUAAUUCUCAGGGUAGUUGUAAGUUUUGUUCUAAUAGACAUUGAAAGACAAGGAAACAACCACUUCCAAACCCCAAACAUCCUCUCGACUGUAUUUCUUGUUCGAAUAUGUGACGCAUUAUAUUUACAACAGUUUAAAAAUGAAAAUAGACAGUGGUUAAAAAACAGGGAAUAUUUAUGAUUUAUAUGUGGUUUAUAGGUAGAAAACUGUUAUAAUCUGACCGUUGAGAAAGACCGUGACUCCAUCUUUACGACUGUUACGACCAUAUGGAAACCUGGUUUAACUGCAAAUUAUUUUUAGUUGCCUGCGAGAAAAGUAAAUAUACAAGGAAAGUAAAUAUAUCUCCUUACCCUAUUCUCUUAUUCAUUUAGGGUGUAACAUUUCCAGCAAUGCACACGCGAUGUGGAGUUACUGGACACCACCGCUAGAGAGAACGAAAUUAGUUCCUGCCACCUACUGUG